CGACACCCUUACUUUCCGAUUCGAGUUGUGCAGUGACAGCUAACAAACAGUCUCGUCAUGUAUCGAUUCCUUUCUGUCGCUGCCGGUGCUGCGACCAUCGCGUCGGCUUCUCCAUACAAAAAUCCGCCGUCCAACAACUACAACGGCGGCAAGGCCAGCUCCAACUACAAGGCUACGACAUUCGCUCCGGCGUACCAAAUCAUCGACCCAAGCUACGCGACCACAAUUUUGACUCGGUACCAAGAGUGCCUUGCUAAGAAAUGCACGACACUGCCGUCGGCGUACGCGGCGACGACCGUCGAAGACAACUUAGGCACCAUCGCCGCCUACACGUCGUGUGUAACAUCGUGCGCAGGCGCGGAAGCGUUGCAGACGACCCAGGACUUCCAGGCAUUGCUCGGGGAAGUGCUGUCCAUCGGCGCGAGCCAGCUCAAGACCGUGCGCAAGCACUUGAGCGGCCAAGACGCCACCUUUGACGCGAUUGCCGAACGCAUCCACAUUGGCGAAUCGUGCUGCCUCCCCACCGAUCACUUUGCCGAGUGGUCUCGUAUUUUGGUGCCCGUGACUGUCGCAGGAAUCGAUACGUACAUCCCGCCGGUGACAACUCCUAAACCAGAUGACACGUAUGGGGGUUAUGGCGAGUACGACAAUGGGUACGGCGGUGAUGAUUCGUACAGCAGCGACAACUACGACAGCCAAGGGGGCGACUACGAAGAUGGCGCCGACGAUUAUGACGAAAGCUAUCCCAAGCAAUACGGCAGCAACUACCAACUGUUGUCGGCCGAAGAGCGUGUGCUGAUCGAACAAGUCAGCUCUGAUCCUGUCGAUGACGGAACGCGAGCCGACUACUUGAUCUCUGCGCCCGAGUACCUCGCCGCCUGCACUGGCUCCCCAAGACCCGUCAGUGGCAACAAGCUCUUGGACACCAUCACAUGCGACGACGCAGUGACACAGUACCUGCACUUCUUGCAGUCCAACGUCGGCCACCUCAUCCUCGCCGCCGACUGCGACGAAACAGCUCCCGACGGCGCAUGCUGCAACAGCGCCCACUCCAAUCCCCGCGCGUCGGCCUUCCACAACGACGUGUGCGUGGCGUACGAAACAACCAAGGGCGGAAAGGUGUCGACGGUGUCUGUGCCGUUCGUCAAACCCGUGGAGCGAUCGGCAACCACUGGGCGCCUCGUUUGUCCCAGCGACAAGUUGCCCAAGGCAGUCGAGUCCGACCCGGACUUCAUCAUCAACUACCAGCGCGUGUCGUACCGCGACUUGAAAUACUUCACCGUCACGUCGGGCCUCCCGAGCAAAGUGACUGUGACAGACCACCUCACGACGUGCGAAUACGACCGCGGGCUGGUUGGCAGCACGAUCCGCAAGGACGGGUACUUCAAGGUCACGGACACGCCGUUGGGACCGGGCGACAUUGAAGCGGCCAAGAAGUGCCCGUCCGAUGGGUUGUUUGAAUACUGCAGCUUGGACCAGUACGCCGGGUUCUUGCAGACGCAGCUGUUCGACCACUCGCGAUGCGACAUUGCCGACCUCCGCCUCCAGAACACCGACUACGCGUCGUCGUACCAAACGGUGGCGUGCCUGUACAAGAUCUUCACGCUCAAGUGCGACUGCAUGGAGGCGGUGCUCAACUGCUACACGCACGCGUCCAAGUUUGACAAUGCCCUCUCCAAAACCAUCGGCCAAGCCGCGUCCAUCUUGUGCGGAUUCAUUCUGUGCCAGCAGCCCAGCGUGUACAGCCUCUUUGGCGAAGAGUUUGCGAUCGACCACGCGAUUUUGAUCAAGGAGUUCUUGCAGUCGGCGGGCUUGCUCACGGCGUCGCAGGUCACCCCCGCGCUCACCAUGUUGGUGUCGUUUGGGCUUGGCAUGAUCGCGCUGGUCGCGGCCAAAAAGGUGACGAGUUCAAGCCCCGUCAAGAUCGAAAACGGCUACCAAAACCUUAUUUAAAGCUGUCAGCACGAUGGUGCGUGUGUGCAUUGCAUACCCCCCCCCAGAUGUGGAUGCGCCCCCCGCCCGAGCGAGCUUUUUAUUGUGUUGAAAAUGAAUGUAACCAUGUAUAACCAAUUAAUGAUCGAAACCAAGUGUGG